AUGCCAAGUCUGUCCAUGUUGAUGCGCACUAGAUCACCACAACUACCUCACUUGCCUAGACUACCUCUAAUCAAUUCUCAAACAAACGUUGUCACUCAACGUCGACAGCAUAAGAAAUGUCGAAAUCAACCGACAAGAAUGAAGAAACCAAGGACAUUUGGUCUCUAUCUGAUUACCAAGACAAGUCAACAGAAUAUCACAAGCAUGCAGAUUAGUUUAAGUUAUAAGGUAUUGAAUCGAAGUCCCGAUAUAGCAUUUCGAAAUGUUUCAUCAAUCCGUUGUGAUUUACUACCAGUCAACUUUCUGUGCAAUGACAAUUCAGCUAGAGAUCAUCCACUUCCACGUGAAAUUUCCAUAGACAGGAUUCGUGCAUUAAUUCAGCCUAGUCCACAUAUACGAAAUCGCAUCCAACCUGAUAUUCACCUUAAAUGGAAAAGUGCAAAAUGGGAUAAAGUCAAAUCUCCAGAACUGCAAGUGUUAAGUGAAAACUAUCAGUCUGAAAAAAUGAAGUCGAAAUUAUCUAAUGUGAAACCCUUUUUGUACUCGAAACCUCUUCGUGGAAUUAUUUAUGACGGUAGUCGUUUGAAAUUCUUCUAUAAUUCUUUAUACGAAUGUAACUUUCCUGCUAUAAAAUAUGUACUGGAACGCGAGCCAAGUUUAGUCGUUGAUGCAAUUGAACCGAAUACUGGUUACUCAGUCAUUUUGAUAGCCUUAUCAAUCAAAUCGUCGGUUAAACGCGAAAAAUUAGUAAAGUUGCUAUUGAAAUACUUAAAGAAAUACCUACAAAAACACUCGGAUGACUCUAAUGAGAGUGAUAUAUGUGAACGCCUUCUUCAGGUAGUCGAUCCCAUUGAACGAUGUGAUUGUGUUGGAUGGACAUGUGUGCUCGGCUAUGAGAAGGAGUUCCACCUACUCAUAACUCACUUGAUAUCCGGCUUUGAUGCUUAUAAAUCAGACCGUUAUGGAAAUACGUAUCUACAUUUGGCUUUAAUGGGUGGUUCAGUGAAUAUUGUAAGUUAUUUAUGUCAGUAUAUGAAAAGGUAUUGUAUUUCAUGCGAUGAGUGUAUAAAUUCCUGGGGUAUGAAUCCACUUCAGCUGGCCAUUGUAUUGCAAUUUGAUUCAGUAUUGGAUAUGUUGAAAUAA